AACAGUAGAUCAACAUAAGUGUCCUGGAAUUAAUGUAAGUCAACGUGAUGUCAUCCUAAGCGACAAAAACAAGUUUCUGUGUGUAUGUGUGUUUGCACGGGACAGGAGUCACAGUUUACAAUACGUGUGGAUGUGAUGGAAUCUCCCACUUGUUUCAGUCAUCCCUUCUCUCUCUCUCUCCCUCUUUUACUCUGGCUGCUAAUCAGCAUUUGAAAGGCAGCUUUGACAGUGAGAAAGAAAGUGAGGGGGGCACAGGGAGGUGGGGGUAAACGAAAGCAUGAGACACAGCGAGUUAGGGAGCGAGAGCCAGAGAGAGACUGAGGCGAGGGGCUGUACAAGCAUGCCUUUUAUAUUUACUAGUGACUGAGAGAGAGAGGGAGAGAGGGAGCAGCUGAAGGCAGAGACAACUGGUGUGCACGGCUUUCCCAAGAGGAAAUGAAAAGAAAGAAGCUCAGCGAGGAGAGUGAAUGAGUGAGCGGGAGAGAGGAAGGGUGGGAGGGAGCAUGCCGGCUGGAGGGAGGCAGAGAGAGAGAGACGUAGUGAGGGAGAGAGAGCGAGAAAGAGAUUCUCACACUGGCUGUGUCCUAAUCCGAGUCCAUCUCCAAGAAGCAGCGGAGCAGAGUGUUGGUGAACUCGAGGUGCUGGUGGAGCUGGUGUGGUGGGGGGGCACCGCCAGGGCAGAGCAGGGGCUCCGGAGAGGAGGAGAAGAAGAAGAGGAAGAGGAGGAAGAAGAAGAAGAGAAGGAGGGAGACAAAGUGGAUCAGAUCAACAGCAGCAGACUGAACGCUGGAAAUGCCCGUCAGGUCUGACUCUGUCACACCCUCAGCCAAUCAGAGCCUUCGUUAACAGCGGCGUUGGCACGUGAUUGGGAGAAGGAUGGCAACCAUGCCGUUUGUCAGCGAGGGGAAGUGCGUGAGUGUGGAGUGGGAUUUCCUACAAGGACUACUGGCCAAGCCUCCCACCCUUCCCUGUCUCCAGAACCUGCGUAAAGAGAAGUCUCGCAAUGCGGCUCGUUCACGCCGGGGGAAGGAGAAUUUCGAGUUCUUCGAGCUGGCCAAGAUGCUGCCUCUGCCGGGGGCCAUCACCAGCCAGCUGGACAAGGCCUCGGUCAUCCGGCUGACCAUCAGCUACCUGCACAUGCGCACCUUUGCCAGCCAGGGAGACCCACCCUGGAGCCCUCUGAUGGAGGGAGACAGCAACUGCAGCAAAGUAAGACGAUCAUCUCAUUCCCUGGCCACUGACAUGUUUGAGCAGCACCUAGGGGCGCACCUCCUGCAGUCUCUGGAUGGCUUUGUGUUCGUGGUCAGUCAGGAGGGACGUUUCCUCUACAUCUCAGAGACAGUUUCUAUCUACCUGGGACUCUCACAGGUGGAGCUGACCGGCAGCAGCGUGUUUGACUACAUCCACCCAGCGGACCACGUCGAGAUGGCAGAGCGGCUGGGAAUCAGGCCGCAUCUGAGAGCCGAGGCCGGCUGCCACACGGGUCCCGAGAGCGCCUCCAGCUCCGCGUCCACCUCCUCCCUGGCUGGUACCCCUGAACCCGCUCCGUCUAGUCCUCAUUCUCCUGCUGAUGAUCCUCCCGACCGCGGCUUCUUCAUCCGCAUGAAAUCCACACUCACCAAAAGAGGCCUGCACGUCAAGUCGUCUGGAUACAAGGUAAUCCAUGUGACAGGACGAAUCCGCUGCCGCCCUGCACUUGUGCCGGGCUCCGCUCGCUCAGUGCGUCGACCGAUGGGUCUGGUUGCGCUGGCACACACCCUCCCGCCCACCACGCUUAAUGAAGUCCGCAUGGAGAGUCAAAUGUUUGUCUUCCGCGUCAACAUGGACCUCCAGGUCACGUAUUGUGAGAACAGGAUCUCAGAGUAUAUGGAUAUGACCCCAGCAGAGGUGGUGGGACACACCUGUUACCACUUCAUCCACGUAGAAGACCUGGAAAACCUGCGGCAGAGCCAUGAGGACUUGCUGAGGAAAGGCCAGGUGGUGACCGGCUACUACCGCUGGCUCCAGAGACGAGGAGGCUACCUGUGGAUCCAGUCCACUGCCACCGUCUCCAUCAACCACAAAGCGCCCCAUGAACGCAACGUCAUUUGGGUCAACUACGUCCUGAGUCGAACAGAGAUGCCCGACACUCCCCUGGAUCUACUGCAGCUACCAGAGAAUGUACGAGCAGAGCGACUUCGAGUUAGCUCAUCCCCCACCGACAGCUCCCCACAGGCCCGAGGCUCGCAGCCAGUGAAGAGCUCAGUGGGGAAGAGUGACCCCGACACUAAAGGCAGAGAGAAAUUCACUGCAGCCGCCAUCCAAUCAGAGGACAGGAGAAAGCGCCUGCUGAGGUCCGACCCCGAGGGCGCUCCUCCCGAAACCCGUCGCAGACUGGAGGAGCUCCGUCACGCAGAAGAGAGUGUAUCGGCCUCCUCUGACCUGGCGAGCGAAAGCGAGGGGGAGGAGGAAGAAGAGACAGAGUGGGACCAGGGGGGAGACAGUGACAGAUUGAAACAGGAAGACGGCGGGGGAGGAGGUAAACAGAGUAGGGGAGGAGACACCCCCACUAGAGGGGAGAGAGGGAGCAGGGUGCACAACGGCCGGGCUGUGAUCCAGCAGCUCAAGAGCGUAGUGACCCCGUCUCCCCUGCCUGGCAGCCCCAGCAUCAAGACUGAACACGAAGCCCUGACCACCGGGGGGCGUUGGGGGUCACACACACAGACCUCCACCUCUCACACACACACCUCCCAGCCCCAACCCUCACAUGCACACACACCCUCCAGCAGCCUCAACGGCGACAGCCCCACCACCCCGAUCCCCGACUCUUCUUCCAGCAGUGAAGCCCCCCCAAAAGGGCUGUUCACUCCCCCGUCCCCGGCGCUGUCCCCCGCCAUGUCCGUGUCCUCCCCGCUGCCUCGCGAGGACAGAGUUGUGUCGGGGGUAGUCAGUCGGAGCAGUGGCGGUGCAGGUAGUGCUCCUGACUUUGAGCUACUCCAGAGACUGGCUGCAGGCGGUGCAGCGGGGCGGGUCCUCUUCCACCCCCUUGCCCUCGGCCCGCAGGGCCCUCAGAGCCUCUAUGCUCCUAGCACUAUCCGCUACGCUCCACCUGAGCUGCCCCCCUCCCACCACCAUGGCGCAGGACACAGCGAUGGCCUGCAGCUACGCUCAGACCACCACAAGGGACCCCCGCCAGCCUUCUUCCCCCACCUACAGCGGUUGGCCGGCUUGCCACCCUUCAGUGGUUUCUCCCCGUCUGACAGCCCUUUCUCCUCCGGCCUGCCCUUCUGUAUGAAUGGACUGAGGGGGGCUGCAGGCUCCGAGGAGGACUGAGACUCAGAAGGGAGGAGGUGAGAGGAGAAGAUAAAAAUGAAGGACGGAGCGGAGUGACAGACCAGAAAGAGAGACAUUGAAAAGGGCAGGAGAGACAGAAGUGGCAGGACAUUAAGCCUCUAAGGACGUUACUAAUUGGACACUGAGUUGAAUAACUGCAAUUUUAAAAUAUGUGACAAGUCACUGCCAUCGGGAAUUAUUGUGUCUGUUGUGGACAAGUGACAGUGACUCUCAGAGAAAACGGGAUGUGGAAACUUUUGACUGGUUGUCCCUCAAGACUUUCCGUCUCUACAACAAUAAUGAACUCUGCUCUGUGUCUUUCUCUCGAUGACUGUGUUGAUUUCUGUGUCUCUUCCACUCAGAGAAGCCAUAUUGUAUAUAGAGACAAAACCAUAAAGACCCUCAGCUCACAUCCUCCUCACUGUCACUCCAAUUAACCCAAUUAACCCUAAAGCCAGUAGAAACAGAUGGACACUUGUCUGUAGGAACGAAAGCGACUUUGGAAUAUAAAUUUUUAUUAUUGCAGUAUUAUACAAAUCACCUCUCGCACUGAGAUCCAGGUGAGAGGUUGAUUAAAGGGUUCUUCCUUAAAUCUGAUGGAGAAGGCCCUCUGGUGUUUUUGUAUUGAGAUUCAAAAUGAUAAUAAUAAAGAAAAAAAGAUCAAGUAUUCAUCAGUCAGCCAUACUUAAAGCACACUGUUGGGACAAAAAUAUGAACAAUAAAGUCCCAGACAUUCCAUUAUAUAUAAGGGAAGAAAAUGCAAUGCAGACAGGACGUUAUUUCUGUUGUUUGAUUAUAGAAAGGUCACUUGUUUAACUGAGUAUUAAUUAUAGUAUAUUCUGUAUGAUGCUGCGAUUGUGUUUGUGUAUGAAAGCCAUAUUCAUGUUUUUUUUUUAUCACCAGAUGGAAGGAUGGUGUGAAAAAAUGUGUCUAGACAGACUAAAUAACAUUGUUUUAUUGGAUGUACAAUAUCAUCCAAAUACCUUUUUUUAUUCUCUAAAAAGGAUAUUUCUGAAAAUGUUUUUUAGGAGGGGAAAUGGUGCUGGACACAAGUGUUUGUUAUCAUUUAAACCUCUGUGUUUUUUUCUGAGCACUUACCGAAAUUUGUUCUGGUGUGAACUCAAAGCACUUCAUCACUUAGCACUCACUGCGUGAUCCUGUUUAAAAAAAAAAGAAUAAAAAAACAAUGCAAGAGUGGUCACUAAUAUCAUAGCCUGACCACAGUGCAGUCGAGGGGAUUAAUGGUCAUUUAAAAAGGCACAUAUAUAAACAGACCGCAUGUGGUCAUUAAAAGACGACCGUCGCAGGUCAAUAAAAAUUACCAGAAUUAUUCUGAUAUUGGCUUCGGUUCAAUCCAGUCAACUGGAAAUAAAGUUUUAAAUUAAAAAGUGGAAAUUUUAAAACACUUUAAAUUUCUGUUUCGCUCUGAUUGAUUGGAUUUCCUCUCAGGACUGGAAAAAAACACUUUUUAUAUGAAAAUAAAAAACACAAUCAGUGCAUUUAAAUAAAGUGAGUCACAAACAAUUUGUUGAUUGUCUAAAAGAUACUCCAAUAAAUUCAAAAUCUUCAUUCCAAAUUGUAAUAUUUAAUAUCUGAAAAUGUGACCCCCUUUUGACAAAAUGAACACGAUUAAAAAAUUGUGACAAUAAUAUGAUAAUUAUUAAUGAUACACACACACACUCAGAUAACUUUUUAGCACUUUGGAAUAAAGUUCUGCAAACUUAUAUGUCAUGUGAUCAAAAUACGCCAUAUGGGAGUUGCUUUUUUUUUGGCUUCCAAAUUGAGAUUACGGUCGACCGUCUGAUCCGAGGGCUCACUUUACGUGGGAAUCUCUAACGUUCUGAUGUCUGACAGUAAAAAAAGCAGAAGAGACAUCUCUAAUUGUGAAGAUCCGACGUGCACUACACACCCACACCGUAGCUGUCACAUGCAAAUAUGUGUGAGUGCACAUACUCUCGGGUGUUUAAUGGUAUAACGUGUGUGUGUGUGUGUGUGUGAUUGAGAGCGUGUGCAUCUGCUUGUACAAGUGUGUAUGGUUUUUGUUUGUUUGUUUGUUUCUUUUGGUUGAAUUAAAUAGCUAACCCCCCCCCUUGCCCAUCACUGUGAAUCUAACGUUAUCCUCCCAUCUUUGUGAAUACUCCGCCCGCUCAUCAAAUAAAAUGAACAAAUGUAAAGAGAAAAACAGUGAUACAGAUGACGAUAACAAUAAAAUAUUCCAGUAGAG